UUGAGAAAACAAAAAGCUCAGAGAAGAAAGGAAGGGAAAUCUACAGCUGGGCUGUAGCGCUCUGCCUGGUAUAUAGACCAGGCAGAGCGCUGUGUGUCCUUCACAUUGCAGGGCUGGGGUCGGAGGUCAGCCCGUGACAAUCCAGAGAUUUCACUUCAGACACUGAGCUGGUCAACUUUCCUGCCAUCAGAUCCAUAAACAUGAUGUUCUUUAAGCUCUGCCUGAUUGGAUUCAGCAUGCUGACAGCUGCAGCUGGAAGUCAUCAGGCUUUUACCAGCUCUGCAGAGAUGAACAUCUCAUCUUGCCCCAUCACCUACUAUGGUCAGAAAUAUGAAAAAGUGUAUGUGGGCUUCAACGCAGACAGAUUUGCAGUUUGCUUUAAGGGUUUAUACCAACCUGGCAUCCAAAACGACUGCAUUCUGAUGUCCGGUGGAAUGGCCGACAGGGGCGGCCUGUCUGUGCUCAGGAGAGAAAUACCAACUGGAUCCGGAGUUCACAAGCUUCUGCCAAACCUGAAAUACGCUGGAAAAUGUGUGAAUGUAAUCCCACUAAAGGACUGUCAGCAGUCUCAGGUUGAACAGGUGGAACUGGGAAACUUUGGGGCCCAAUCAAUCCUGGCAAUCAAGACAUAUUCUGGAUACACCAAUGUUAAUGUGGUGGCUGAUGCUCAGGUUAACGGACUCACUGUUUCUAAACAUACUUUCCAGACCUCUGAGACAAACAGUGGUGUUAUUACUGAUGUGAGCGGAUGCAGAUUUUCAGGACUGGUCUAUGAGACCAACAUAACAGUGAAUGAUCCAAGAAUCUGUUCUACAGUGACAUGUGAUGUUAGCGGAGCUGCAACAGCUGUCAGCCACUGUGGCCCCCUGGAGCACUGCCAGGGAGAUGGCAGCUGUGCCAUGAACACUGUUUGUUCUGUAACCGGGUCCACCGUCAUAGGCUUCACUAGCAAACUUCAGUCUGUCUCUGACCGCUGUGGCUACUCUCUGCUGAGGUCUUCGUCUCUCCCAGGUCUCCAUGUGCUGGGAAUUUUUAAGGAAAGACGACGUAAAGAUCUGAGUUUUCUGGACCGAGUCAUCCUAGAGCUGGACAGGGAAGGUCCUCAGAUUUCCUUAGAGCAAGGCAGCAAAGUUAAGGUAAAUGAUGAAUUCCUGAUAGUACAUGCAACGCCCCAGAUAGUCCACAGUGUGGUGCUCACCAAGAGCCACACCGGAGUGAAUGCAAAGUUUGAAACUUCCAACUUCACAGUGUCUGUUGUCUUUGAUGGCCAUACUGCAAUAAUUCAUCUAUCAGGAUCAAGCGAAGUUCCUGUGGAGGGUUUAUGUGGUGAUUCAAGCUCAACUGUAAAUGAGCAAAAACCGUCUGUAUACAGUGACACAGGUUGCCAGACUCAAUAUGAAGAUGAUUCUGACAGUACAAGCAGUUGCAACACUACUGCAAAAUGGUGUGGUCUUCUGCAAGAGGGUUCUUUCACUGCCUGUAACUCAUAUGUUGACCCGGAGCCCUUCAUUCAGGCCUGCAUUCAAACCCUGUGCAAAUACCCUGCAGUGGACGGCCUGACAUGCCACUUCCUGAAGCGUUACGCUGAGGUCUGCAAAUACAUAAAGCAAUGUAACAGUGGAGGACUGGACAUCACAUAUCAGUUGUCUGUUUCUGUUCCUCAGGACGGCUGUCAGGACAUGUUCUGCAGUUCACAUGAGUUCUGUGGUGUGGACAGCUCAAGCAGGAAGCCCCGCUGUCAUUGUAGGGGUCUUUUUGCAUCCAAGUACAAACCAACAAACUCCUUUGGUGAGCCGAUUGUCUGUGCAGACAAAGCUGCCACAGUAACUCUGGCUAACUGCCUGCUAGAGGACAAAGGCAUCAACUACUCUGUCUUACACCUCAACGACCAGUCCUGCAGAGGUCAACUGGAUAACUUGACCCAUUUGGUGACAUUCAGUUUCAGCAGUCAGGAUACCUGUGGUACAGUGGUCCAGGCAAACAACAGCCAAAUUAUUUACAAGAACGCUAUCGUGACUCAGAAUAUCCCCAUGUUUGGAUUGAUCACUCGGCAUGACAAGGUGCACAUGGACUUCUCCUGUCGUUACAGCCAACCAGACAUAAAGACACUGAGCAUCCGAUUCAGACAAAGCUCUGUGAUCCAGCACAUUUCUUCUGGUGAAUGGAAAUACAAUCUGACCAUGGAAGCCUACACCAGCCGCGACCGCACAAAACCCAUCGAUUCUGAUGCAGACAUUGACCUGAACCAGAGGCUCUGGGUAGAGCUGAAGACAUACGGACUGGAGGAAGACAGGGUUGCUGUGGUAACCGAUUCCUGCUCGGCAACAAAUCAACCUUUGCCAACUGGAGGCCUAAGAUAUAAUCUCAUUAUCGAUGGCUGUCCUAAUCCUAAAGACCCAACAGUAGCGGUGGAAAGAAAUGGACUGGGAACGUCCACCAUUUUUUCUUUCAAUACUUUCCAGUUUACUGGCAGUAAUGGCAAUGUUUUUUUGCACUGCAAAGUAGAGCUGUGUGUCAGACAAGGGGACAAUUGCAUCCAGAGGUGCACUCAGACUGUGAGAGGACGCAGGUCUGCCCGGCCAAAAAAUGAGAACAUAAUCCCCGCCUUCAUCUCAGUAGCCUGGACUUAUUAGGGUUUCAUGGAAAAACAGUCUGACAACCUCAGUCCUGAUGGGUAUUGAUACAAUGAAGAAAUCACCUGGGGCUCAUAAUGAAAUGUGCUGAAAUGUGGAAUAGAUUCUGUACUUUUAGAGAUGAAAGACUUAUGUGUUUUUGAGAAGUGAUAUAGUCUGGUGGAGGAGAAAUUAUUUUCAAUAACAGGACAAAUACGAUAAAUUCUUAAAUUUUUGAAAAAGGUCCAUGAAGAGUUUUCUACUUUGUUAUCUUGACUCUGCUUCACCAAUUUAGCUUCAGCUCUCCAUUUUGUCUGCUCCCAUGCAGAAGUAGAGCAAGCAUCAUAGGUGAAGCUCACUGCAUUGUCUGAGACGUUUGGUGAGACAUUUUGGAGUAGUCAUCCAACAUUAAAGGAAAAGAAGAUAAAUGAAACUAUUUUUAGCGAAUCAAAUAUCAGCUCUGUGAAGUUAUUUGGGGGAAACCAUAGAGAAAUUGACAUUAAAGCCCAAGGGUCUGAUCUUAAAAGAUUCCACAAUGUGUUCUAAACUGCUUUGAAAAACAUGAAUGUGUUUCAUACGAUCCCAUAGAGAAAGGUUGAGGGGGGAAAUUAUUAUGUUUUUAUUUUUCAUCUGCAAUAUUUCCUUGACUCCAUAAAAGGUUUCUGGCUACUAAUUUUUGUUAGAUAACGAUGCACAUUUGAAGCUUAAAUGACAUACUACAAACAAAACUGACAGAGACAGAAGAAUAAAGUCGGUGGGAUUGUGGAGCUUCCUGGAAAAGUAAAGAAAACUUGUUACUUUUGUCAAGAUUAUUGUAUAAAUUGUUGAACCCACAAUAAGUCAGGUGAAACCACAACAAACUCUAAAGCAUUAUAUAUAAUUAUAUAUAAAGUAAAAUGUCACCUGAAAUGAGAGAUGGAUAUGAUGACCAGCAGAUUCAGGGUUACAUUGGUCAGAGAAAUGAAACACAAUAAAAAGGAAAUUAGCAAAGCUUCAGAGUGAGAAUGCUUUAGCUUUUUGCAAGAAUAGUUGAGAAGUUUGGGAAAGCAGAGUUCCUCUUCUUCCAUUAUGAGAAAAGAAAGCUCAGCAGAGCUCUGAGAGUCUCAUCAUGGACUUUAAGCCCGUAGUUAAAGCAUCCGGUAAAAAAUGUUUAAAAAAAAAUAAUUGUUUUUAAAAGUCUAAUUAUUUAAAGCCUUUCUUAUUCACUGAUGUUUCUAUGAAUUCUAUUAAAUUAAAUUAUCUACAAAGUUCUUCAUGGACUCACUCCACCUCCGCUUGCUAUAUAUUUUAAGCAAAGAGCUGAGCGAGGUCUUGGCACCAGGGCGUCUUCCAGAGGAGACCUGGAGAUCCCUUACAGAAAAACAACAUUUGGGCAAAGGGUUCUAUCA